AUGGCUCCCAUCGUUACUCCUCAAAUCACAUCCAACAUCCAAUGGAUCUCUCAAAUGAACGUUGAUGUUGAACCUACAGCUGGUCGUAAAACCACUGUCAUUGGCACCAUCGGUCCCAACACCAACAGUGUUGAAAUGAUCACUCAGCUUCGAAACGCUGGUUUGAAUGUUGUUCGUAUGAACUUUUCUCAUGGAUCUCAUGAAUAUCAUCAAUCAGUCAUUGAUAACACACGUAAGAGUGUAGAACUCUAUCCUGGUCGUCCUGUUGCUAUUGCUCUUGACAAUAAGGGGCCCGAGAUUCGUACUGGUAACAUGAAGGACAAUAUCGAGAUCCCUAUCAAGGCUGGCCAUGAAAUGAUCUUCAGCACCGACGACCAAUAUGCUGAACAAUGUAACGACGAAAUUAUGUACAUUGACUACAAAAACUUGCCCAAGGUCAUUGAGGUUGGUAAGACUGUCUACAUUGAUGACGGUGUUCUCUCAUUUGAGGUUAUUGAGAUCCUUGAGGACAGCAUCCGUGUUGUUGCAAAGAACAAUGGCAAGCUCUGCUCUCACAAGGGCGUCAACUUGCCCAACACCAAUGUUGAUCUGCCUGCUCUCUCUGAAAAGGACAAGAACGACUUGCGAUUCGGUGUCAAGAACAAGGUAGAUGUCAUCUUUGCUUCCUUUGUCCGUCGUGGCCAAGAUGUCAAGGAUAUCCGUGAAGUAUUGGGCGAAGAGGGCAAACAUAUCAAGAUUAUCUCCAAGAUUGAGAACCAUCAAGGCGUCGAGAACUUUGAUGACAUUCUUCAAGAGACUGACGGUGUCAUGGUGGCCCGUGGUGAUAUGGGUAUCGAAAUCCCUCUUGAGCGUGUGUUCAUCGCUCAAAAGAUGAUGAUUACAAAGUGUAACUUGGCUGGUAAGCCUGUUAUUUGUGCUACUCAAAUGUUGGAAUCCAUGACUUACAAUCCCAGACCCACUCGUGCCGAGGUCUCUGAUGUGGCCAAUGCUGUAUUGGAUGGUGCUGACUGUGUCAUGCUCUCAGGUGAGACAGCCAAGGGCAACUACCCCAUUGAGGCUGUUCGAACCAUGCAUGAAAUCUGUAAGCUUGCCGAGACUGUGCUCUGCUACCCUGCUGUUUUUAACGAGCUCCGUUCCUUGACUCCUUUGCCCACCGAGACAACUGAAACUGUUGCCUGUGCUGCAGUUGCUGCUGCUCACGAGCAAGGAUGUGGUGCCAUCAUUGUGCUCUCUCAAUCUGGUAACUCUGCUCGUCUCAUCUCCAAAUACAGACCCCAUGCUCCCAUCAUCGUUGUCACUCGUAAUCCUCAGACUGCUCGUCAAGUCCACUUUUACAGAGGCUGCUUCCCCUUCCACUAUCCCAGAGCCUCCUCUGCUGCUGCUGCUCGCUUGUCUGCUUCAGCAUCAGCUCAUGCUCAUUUGAGUCCUGCGGAUAAUGCACCCUGGCAAGAGGAUGUGGAUGACAGAAUCAAGUGGGGUAUGGAGCAAGCCAUGAAAUACGGUUUGCUCAAGAGUGGCCAGCCUGUGGUUGCUGUUCAAGGCUGGAAGGGAGGCCUUGGUAACACCAAUACCCUCCGCGUUAUUUAUUCACCUGCAAAAUAA